AUGGCUGGGCACGGGAAGAUGCCAUUCGUAGACGACAGGAAGAUGCCCUUCGUGGACGACCGGAAAAUCCCCUCCCUAGACGGCCCCGUCUUCCAAAACGGCAUCCCCAUCGUCUCGCAGGCGCCCGUGCCGUUCCCUCGCCCGAUUGGCGAGCAACUGGCGCCUCCCGUCGACGACCGCCGCCGGCGCGAGGAUGGGUGGAGCGGGGAGUGGAACAUGGACAUCGACGACGUGCGCCGCCGCCUCCGUGGGCUGAAGUAG